AUCAAACCCCACGACAGCGUAUGUGGAUUGUGCCACGAGGGCUCCUGCAGCAUAAAACUACCAUAACCAUCCCAGCCACUGUCUUGUGAAUGAAACUGUUGGUAAUAUCUCCUGUCACGCUGGACCAACUCCAUUCCAUUUGACCAGUGCAGAGAUUUUCACUAUAACUGUGUAUGGUCUCCCUCUAGCCCCUGGUGAACUAGAGGUGUCAGGAGACGUCCCUCACCAGUUUAGGCUCAGCUGGAGUCCUCCCUUCACUCUGCAAGGAGAGACUGUCUUCUACUCUCUGGUGGUCACAGACCUGGACACUGGCUCCAGACAGACCCUGGGUCCCCUCUCUGACACUGCCUACACCCACCAGGUGUCACAGACCCAGGCCCUGGAUUGCCACGUCUUUCUCUUCUCUGUCUUCUCCCUCAACAAAGUUGGUCUCUCCAUCAACUCCUCAUCUGCUCCUCCUGCCAUCCAUCCCUCUGUCCCCAGGUCAACUCGAACUCAAUAAAAACUGAAGUUACCCACAAUGACAGCAUACGCUCAUGAGAAAAGCGCUGUGUACAUCACUCAUAAUAUUAAAGCAACAUUGUCUUGCCGUCCCACAAUACUACGCUGUAUUGAUUUCCAAAUGUUUCCAAAUUAUGGAUGAUGAGCUAACAGAUGUAGGGUAGUGGCACACCUAUAUUGUCACCACAUCAGUCAAUGGCUCAGACAUUAUUGAGGCUGCAGGUCUGAGAGAGAACGACUCGCUACUCUUCUGUCCGACUCUCUAGCACAGCAUCACUUCCAGUUCGCUAUUGACGACCCAGUGAGAUCUGAUGGAGAUCUCAUUGUCACCUCGAGGACUCAGUCUGUGCAGUCUAUUAUUAGGAGACUGGGACUGUGAGGCUCACUGAUGCUCUUGCCUCUGUUAUCACUCUCUCUCCCCUGGUUGUCUUGUCUCCAUGUCCCUAUAGUGAAGUUCUGCUAGCCACUAAUAUCAUGUGCGCAUCACAGGAGUACAGAAGUCCUGGAGGUUGUGCGAUCCCUUUUCAUUAAAGGACUUCCAUCAUUUGUGGAGGGCAGGGAUUUGAACAUGGACGAUCCAUUGGUCAUCACUGGCUCUAUUUCAUCUGUUCCCCCAAAGGUUAUGGGACUUAUCGUAGACUUUAGUUGUGAUUUGAACCAGAAGGAUGAUGUUGAGCUACAGAUCAGCUGGGUGUAUGGAAUGAGGCAGGUGGGAGUAGAGUAUCCCGGGGAGACUAGAGUCAGACUGGAGCUGAGUCCUGGGGGCACUGUCUGUUCUGAUGUGACAGCUAGUGAUACCAGUUGUACUGUGCUCAUCCCCAGAGGUGUCUAUGACAUCACUCUCACUCAGACCAAUGACAUCGGCUCUACUGUGGAGCAUCUCGACACGGUUGACGUACGAGCAUUGGUUGUUGAUCAAGCUUUUCUGAGAUUGAACACAGAACUGGUACUCGUUGUGAAUGUAAGAGCGAACGCUCGCUGUCCAGAGACAGCUGGUUCUCUGAUGAUGGUCACAUUUGGUGCAACAUCAGUGGCUGGUAGAGAUUGUGACGGUCAAUGGAAUUCCAGUGAAAAGAUCAUUUCGUCAGGAGAAUCUGUCUCCUUCUAUGCGGACACUGACACCAUCUCCUUGACAUCUGAUGAGACCUUUUGCUUUAUUGUGAGUAUUGAUAGAGUACCAGGUGAGUCAAAAAGUGAAGUUGACAGCGUCAUUAAUAUUAAAUAUUUCUUAGUUAUAUUUGGAACAACAGCAAAGGACGAUUUUCUAUCCACCCCCACAAGAGACACUGAAUGUGGGGACACCAAUGUGUUUGUUGACGGAGCAGCUGGAGGUUUUACAGUGGCUGCUUCGGUGCUGGUGGUGCUAUUGGUGGGUCUGCUUCUUGGCUGUAGCGGGAUGUGGUUCCUAAUGAGGCAAGGUAGUUGCUGCAAAAGAGGAAUCUCUGUUGACCGACAUGAGAAAGAGCUAGCCGCCAUAUAUGAUGAGCCAGCAGCAGUGGGAGGAGCUAUUUGCAUGUCGGAAAACCAGGCUUAUGGCCAGGUUUCACCAUGCAAUAGAAACUAAAAGCUAUAUGUAUCAGGACAUACAAGAUGGCUAUAACUCAUAUCAGACAAUGUUGUGUAACUCUGCAAUACAUAGAGCAUAAGGCAGUUAUUAUUGUGUA